CCUAGCAGACUAGCAAUGACCUUAAACGACACAUGAACUCGGCGGAAUGUAGGCAAUACGCCAAGAAAAUAAAAAGAGUGUUUUAACUAGCUAUUUGGCUAAUUCCAUGACGGGUUAUUAUCCUUUUUAUUGGGCUCAUGGGCCAUUCUUCGCCAAAACACAUGACAGAUCCACACAUAUACGGCUGAACACUUCUUUGGGCCUUUAGGGGUAUAGGCUUCUGAGCCCAGACUUCCGUCUGGCGGGGGUAUAUCAUUCUUCGCCCUAGGGUUCUCUGCCCAAAGAGGGAAGUACAGGGGCGGAGGAGCGGAGGGUUUCAGAGAUCGGCGGAGCUUCGAGGGGAGAGACUGCAGCAACUUUUCGCCGCCGUGACGAUGCAAGGGAAGCCGAGGAAGGUAAGAAAGGAGGAGGUCGUUACCCGAGAGUAUAACAUAAAUCUCCACAAGCGCCUCCAUGGAUGCACCUUCAAGAAGAAGGCACCAAAGGCAAUCAAGGAGAUAAGGAAGUUUGCACAGAAGGCCAUGGGGACAACUGACGUGAGAGUCGAUGUGAAGCUAAAUAAGCAGAUUUGGAGCCGAGGUAUCAGGAGUGUGCCGAGGAGGGUUCGUGUUCGUAUUGCACGGAAGAGGAACGACGAGGAAGAUGUUAAGGAGGAGUUCUACUCUCUAGUCACUGUUGCCGAAAUUCCGGCAGAGGGGUUGAAGGGGUUGGGCACUAAGGUUAUUGAGGAGGACGAAUGAGAGUAGAGUCUCAAGCCAACUACAUAGUUUUUGUUACCUGUUUAGCUCGAGGUACUUCAGUUUUGGGUUUAAAUUGUCAUAGUUCCUUGGUGUGUUUUGUCUGGGACUCUGGGUUUUGUUUUUGGAUGCUGGCUGUCAGCAACUUAUUCAUCAGAGGAAAAUCAUGUCCCUUGACUUGACCUGUUCAUUGUUAUCCGAGCUGUCUUGUUUCCGUUUUCUUUACGUUGAAAUUUCAGAACGCUUCUCGCAAUAUCAUAGUCAAUUCUGGAGUCGUAUCCAGUGCCGUGAGUACUAUGCUUGUUAAAAUGAGUAGGUUCCAUCCAGUUGGGACUUUCAGCAUCGUGUUUGAAAUGGCUGAGUUGCUGUAGCCAUAGCUCAUCGUUGUUGAUUGACAUAUCACAGUAAAGUUUCCAGGGCAUUUUGAUUGUCUAUUACGUGAAUGGAUCUGCUAUGAUCGUCAUGAAUAGAAGACAUGGCUUGACUUAUACUUUACAUAUCGUUUGGUAUAAAAGUUUUGAGAAAUUUAUUUUGAAAUGAAAUUUUUGGGUUAAUUGCAAGGUUGGUCACUGAGUUUACUAAAAAGUGUCAUGUUUAGUCAUUCGAAAUAUUUAAUUUCAAUGUUGGUCACUCGAAUUAGUAAAACAAUCCAUAUUUAGUCACUCUCCGUUAGUCUCCGUUAACACCGUCAAUCAAUUGCUGACGUGGCUAACAAAAGUGCUGACUCGGCUAACAAAAGUGCUGACUCGGCUAACAGAUUUGCCAAACACUUUCAGAUAGCUAGAGAGCUCCUUGAAACAAUCAAACCCCCUCUAGGCUCUGAAUGAAGCAAGAGGUGUUCUCAACCUAUAUAUUAGAGCUUGAGAGUCGAGACUCGAGACCCAACCCGUAUGAGACCAAAUUGAGGAGUGCGGAUCCCAUGAAUAGAAGGUGUUUAGUCAUUUGGCUAAACCCCUCCCAGCCCUUAGAUAUGAUCAGAGCAAUUUGACGGUUAAAACGUGGGAAGGGCUAUUUAAUUAAUGACAAAUGUAGUUUGGGUAUUACGGAAAAUUAUGAAGUAUACAAACCGGACUUAGAAUCAGUACAAACCAUAAAAUAUACAAACAGUACAAACUACAAUGACAAAACAUACAAACAGAUUUACAAACAUUACAGACGUAUGAACUAUACAAACAAUACAAACCAUACAAAAAAAAACACCCGGGUUGACUUUGGAGGCUCCGUCCCUAUAUAGAGGGCUCCGUCUCAAAGUCAACCCGACUGUUUUUUAGACAUAUAAACAUUACGAACAUGGUGGACAAAAAUGACAAACUAAACUGACAAUCCAUACAAACUCGACUAAACACCCAGGUUGACUUUGGAGGCUCCAUCCUUAUAUAGAGGGCUCCGUCUCAAAGUCAACCCGAUUGUUUUUUAGACAUACAAACAGUACGAACAUGGUGGACAAAAAUGACAAACUAGACCGACAAUCCAUACAAACUGGAAAAAACACCCGGGUUGACUUUGGAGGCUCCAUCCCUAUAUAGAGGAGUUUCAUCCAAAAGUCAACCAGGUUGUUUUUUAGACAUAAAAAACAUUACAAACAUGGUUGAUAAAAAUGAUAAACAUGAUGCACAAAAAUAACAAAGUUUACAAACAUUACAAAAGAAACCGACAAACAUUACGAAAUAACAAAACAUACAAAUAUUACAAAAUAAACUGACAAAUAGUAAAAAUCCAACAGUCUCCGAAAAAGUCUUCUCCGGUCAAUAUAAAAAACUCUCUCUCGUUGCACCUAGGGGAAAUAAAAAGUUCGAGGAAUAAAAGCCACUGCACUAAAGGGCCGAAUAAAAGCGGCGGCGGGGACCGGCGGGAAGAAAACGGCGACGGGGAUCGACGGGGGACUCGCGGGAAGGGAGCGCCAUUUAUUUUUAUUUGUAUUUUAGUUAAUAAAUUAAAUUAUAAUGC